CCCUUCUUGCUGCCCAAGCACUGCCCUCGGGCGUCUCGCAGCCUGAGGUGGGUGGAGGGGACAGUGUUCUGGAUAGACCUAUUAUGUGAAAGGCAGCUUCACCCAGUUUUCUGGACUCUCAUGCUCGCAUCUCCAACCUGGGAGACUGCAGGAAGGACACCUACCUGGCCUGGUGGGGCUGGCAGGAUGGUGGAGGUUUCUCAAGGAGCUGGAGACCUCGGGGAGCCCCUCUCGGGGAGGAAAGAGCUUCCAGGAUGCGGACGCAGCACAGUGGAAGAGGCCUGCUCCACUUGCCUGGGAACCUGGGCAGGAGGCACAGAGGAAGCCACGGCCUGGAGCUGCAGGUCCCCCGGCACCUCUCCCUGUCCCAGCAGCCCAGGAUGGCCUGGUGCCCCCACCUGCUGCAGCAGGAGCCCCAAGGAGUGCUGGCCAAGGGCGGUUGCUGGGGUGGUCCUCAUGGACAGUGAGGUGUGCAGGGGUGCACUGAGGGUGGUGGGAGGGGAUCACCUGGGUUCCAGGCUGUUCUUGCUGAGCAUCUUUGAGCCUGCCUCCUGGUGGAAGCAGAAAAGGCCAGACCCUGCUGAGUUAGAGGCUGCUGGGAUCCACUCUGUCCACACAGGGGGAGGGCUGCUGGGAGCAGGUGGUAGAGAAGUGCCAUGUUUGAGUUGAGUCUUGCAGCUCUUCCAGCUGGGAACUGGUGCUUGCUGAAACCCAGGAGCUGAACAGUGAGGAGGCUGUCCACCUUGCUUGGCUCACUGGGACCAGGAAAGCCUGUCUUUGGUUAGGAUCGUGUACUUCUGCGGGAAAAAAGGAAAAAAAAAAAAAAAAAAGGAUGUGCCAUUGGUCAUGAUGUUUGAAAAGAGGAGGAGGCCGAAGUUGUUCCCAUUUACCCAGUAUUGGAAAAUAUUUGACCCCCUUGGCUGAAUUCUUUUGCAGAACUACUGUAUGUCUGUUCACUACCUUUUCAGGUUUAUUGUUUUUAUUUUUGCAUGAAUUGAAAGUUUUAAUUUCUUUGCAGACAAGGUCUAGAUGCGGAGUCAGAGAUGGGACUGAAUGGGGAGGGAUCAUUUGUAUUCUCAUGGUUGGCUCUGACUUUCAGCUGAACUGGGACCACUGGCUGAUCACAUCACCUCUCUGCCUCAGUUUCCCCAUAUCUGUAAAAUGGGAGAAUAAUACUUGCCUACCUACCUCACAGGGGUGUUGUGAGGAUUCAUUUGUGGUUUUUUUUUUUUUUUGUACAGAGCUUUUAAGCUUUAAAAACAGCUAAAUGUGAGUGCA